AUGGAUCAAUACUAAAAUGCAUUUUAGAUGUUAGGAUAAAAUAUGUUUUCCAAAGCACCACCUAGUGGUUAUAGUAAUGGUUAUCAACCAAUGAUCUAAGCCAAUUCAAAUAAACAGAAGUUUGAUUAACUAAUAUAGUUAAUGUAAUUUUAAGAGCAAACAGUAUUAAAAAAUGCUUAAAAAGGUUAGUGAUUAUAAUACGAGAAUGAAAGGAAAGGAAGAUCAUAUUUAUUCAUUAGAAUAACAAUCAAUGCAACUCUAAAGAGAUUUAGUUUAGAAGGAUAAAUAGAGAAAUGAACAUAAUCAAAUAAAUUACAAAAAUUAUUAACCUACUUUUAAUGUCUAAAACACACUUCCUAUUGAAUAAUUAUAGACUGAUCUUUAAUCAGUUUAAAAUUAAAACUAAAAUAAUUUAAUAUAAGCAGUAGAUAAUCCAGAAAUAUAACCUUAAUACAUACAAAGGAGAACUUCUAUUCAAAGUAAUUAAAAUUAAACAAGACCAUAGUCUUAUGCAAUUCAAGGAAACUAAAAAUUGUUAAAUAUGUAGAAGCAAAUGGAAGAAUAAAAUUAAUAUAUUUAAUAACUGUCUGCUUUAGUUUCAAAAAAGAAACCAGUUAUUGAUGCAGAUAAGGAUGAUAGUUUAACAUAAUUAUUGAAUGAAAGAGAUGAUUUAUAAAAAUAACAGAUUUUGAAUGAAAUUAAGCAAUUGAAAUAGAGAGUAGAUGAAUUUGAUCAUUCAAGAUAAUAAAUGAUACCAUAAUAAUUGUAAUAGCAAGGAUUUAUGCCUUAAUAGUAAUUAAUGUAGUAAUAAGGUAUGAUGUAAUUUCAGAAUCCUUAUGGUAUGUAUCCAUAAAUGUAUCCUCCAAAUAUCUAAUAAUAAUAAUAAUAAUAAAAUGAUGAACUUGAUGAUAAUGAAAUGAAUAAUGAAAUUUUAAUGAAAUUGAUUGAUUAAUAAAAUAUAUAAAAAAAGAGAGGAUCAAGAAAUAGAUAAAAUAGUCAUGAUUAUAAUCAUAGAGAUUAGAGAAAAGAUAGAAGAAAUACACACAAGAGAAAAUAAUAAUAAUAUGAUGAUGAUCAAAAUAAUGAUGGAGAUAGUAAUUGA